AUGGAGCGCAUCAAAAGCAAACGAACGACUCAGAGAGCUCUGCACACGCGUCUACAAAACGAGGCAAGACAACUAAUCGAAUCAAGCCAAUUCUCCUCAUCGGAUCUUCGUGUGGUGCACCACAGGCUAAAGGUGUACAACGAUGGCCUGUGGGUGCUCAACUUAGAGCUUGAGGGAUACCUCACGCACGAUCAAGUCGCCGAACAUUAUGUCUCCGUGGCAGAAUAUGAAGACAACGCUGCUGCUACGCUGUCGUUGCUCUGUCACCACAUGGAGGAGCUUAAAGCGCCAGCGUCAAGGACCGCUGACAGUGCUGCAACGAACGAUGUAGAGAACGAAGGUAUCGCCACUGCAGGAAGCCGUGCCCUUGUAGAUCAGAUGAGACAAGGGCUCGUCGGCUCUCGUCUUCCUAAACUGGAGAUGCUCCACUUCAAUGGAAGCCUUACGCAGUGCCAACCUUUCUGGGACAUGUUUAAACACGCGGUUCACGAAAACCCGAGUCUCACGAACAUUGAAUGGUUCCACUAUUUGAAGAACCUUCUGACUGGACAGGCUGCGAAGGCCAUCGACGGCAUUCAAGCCACGGAGGGGUCAUACGAAGGUGCCAUCACCCUUCUAACUAAUCGAUUUGGGAACAAGAAGAUCAUUGAACAGAAUUUCUUGGCGAACCUCCGAACGAUCAAGCUAGUGAAAUCUUCCACCUACGUAGGAUCGCUGCGCAGCUUAUUGGACACCGUCCACAUCAACAUCAGAGGACUAAAGGCGCUCGGAUGCCCGGCGCUCUCCUAUGACGCCAUGCUCGUCGAGGUCCUCACAAAAGCGAUCCCAGGCGAUAUCUUGGUGGAAUAUUUCAAGCAACAGAGCCGCAAGACGAGCGUCGAGACACUUGCGUCAUCGGAGGCGGAACUGCAGGAGCGUCUCGAUUACGUCCGCAUGGAGGUGGAAGCUCGUGAGAGAAGUGCUUUGUGGACACCUCUGGUCAUGGUUCCCGAUAUCAACGACAAGGGGCGCUUCACAACGCUUCACCUACGGCUUCUGCUCUGA